AUGCCGAUGAUCGGGGUUGCGCCGCCGCCGUCCCAACGACCGAAGGCCCCGCCGCCGCCCAGCCCGGCUGGAGCGGCCGCACCGGACCCGGUUGAAGAGGGAUUGAGGAGUCUGGAGCGGUGGAGGAAGGCCGCUGAGUAUGCUGAAGAGGGAGUGUCCGUGUCGGAUGUGAUGCGUGAGCUCCGGGAAGAUGAAGAUGACGAAGACUAUGAGGAGAAAGAAGCGCCGGUGACCUCGGCUGGAAUGAAGACGGAGACCGUGGCGGAGGCCAAGGCGGAGCCCGCCGUGAAGGGCGAACCGGAGCCACCGGUCUCGAGUCUGAUGGGACGGUCGAGUGUGGGGCAGCCCUACGCUCUGCCGACGGACUAUGGGUACGGCUACGGGAUGUACGCCGACGACGAGGAAGACUACCACGACGCAAUGGAGGAGCCGGUCCCGACGCAGCGAGGCCCGAGCCGCCGAACGGAUCGCCCUACCUUUGGAUGGAGCUGGAGCGCUCAACAUGGUUCGGGGAAGACCCCCGAGUAUGGAGGAUGGAGUGGGAGCGGAAGCGUGGUGAAGUCGCCGACCAAGUCGCCCCCUCCGAUGAAGAAGUUGCAGUGCGCCGGUAGUCCGGCUGGGUUCUCGAAGCCGCUCGGUGGCGGAAUGCCCUUGCAACCUACAACGGGCCCUACGGCAAGUUGGACGCCUGGAACGGGCACGGCUCCGCCGGCUCUAACGGCUACACCGUCGACGAGUUGGCGCGGUGCCAGUGGACUUUCGCCGAGUGCCUACAACCUGUCUACAAUGGUCUCACACGCCGUGAAGGUGCUGUCGAUGUUCUAUUCGGACACGGCCACGGUGGAGAAAGCGCGGGACUUCUGGGAGCUCUUCGAGGACCACACGGACGGUUUCCCCGACCGCUCCCAAUUGCUGGUGUUCCGUCAGAAGCUGCGAGGCCGCGACGCUGACCGGUGGUGGAACAACUCGAGGAUCAAGUCGUUCAGGACGCUCAAGGUGCGGUUCCAUAACCAGUUCCUCAGCCGGACGGCUGACGAGCUGCAGCGCGGAGAGUCUGUGGAGGAGUGGGGCGACCGAGUCUCGGACCUGUGCGAGUCCCUCGACUACCCGAACCCGCAGAUGCGGUACCAGCUCUUCCGCCGAGGACUGCGGAACAAGCGCAUGCUGGCGACCUUGGACGAGAGUCCCGCGUCGGAUAUUCCCGAAGCGUGCGAGUGGCUGAUGUUCAAGGACAUGCACCGUCCGAUCGAGGAGGAGGACGAGUUUUCGGACAGCGAGUCCAAGAAGAAGAACAAGAAGUCGGAGGAGGCCCCCGCGACGACUGCGGUCGAGGCCCUCGCUGAGCAGAUGAAGUCGUUCAUGGAGCAGCAACAACAGUGGCAACAGCAACUUAUGCAGCGCCAGUGGCAGCCGCCUAGGUCGCCUCGCAAUCGAGCGCCGGUAGUGGCCGCCACCCCUGCCACUCAGCCCGCUGGAAACGGUGGGCUGGCGAGACGAAGGCGUUCUGCGGUCACGGCGAGGAAAACGGUGGACGAGGUUGAAAAGAGUAGUGUUAAUGAAGGGAGCGUCGAAGAGGAACGCGUAGAGGUGCCAAGAGCGGAAGUGGUGGUCGAGACGGUUGCUGGAGCCCGGGAAGAGUGGGUUGUACCCGGCGACGUCUCCGUCAGGGGAGAAGGUAAAGAGGAGCGCAGGACGGAGUUGUCUGAGCUCGGCGAGGACGAGGAAAGCGUGGCGGAGGAGACUGGAUACUGCCAUGAAGAGGGAGCGGCGUGGGCCGUUGCGAGUGACGAGGAUGAUAAGAUGUACCCUGCCGGGAAGACGGCAACCGAGGAGAGCGCCGAGCAGGGCGAGUCGAGUGCAAGGGUGAACGAGGCGUGGGCCCAUGAAGGGGCCGCCCUCGAUGAUAACGAUGAAGAGGCCAAGGAGGCCGAGCUGGACGCCCCCGCGGGCAAAGAAGACCCCGCGAGUGGCCCUGACCGCAGCCCCGAGCGUGGAGUAGGCAACGAAGAGGGGACGGCGGCUGAGACCUUCUACUCGCUGGACGACGAGAACCGGCCCGUGAGGUCGAAGGCGUCGGUGUACUCCGAGGAGGAGGAAGUCGACGGUGAUGUGUUCUAUGCGGUCAGUGCGGACGAUGAAGCGUUCUGUGCUGCGCCUCCGAGCGCGAACAUACCCUACAAGGUGCCCACGGAGGAGGUGCCGCCGCCGAGGUCGGUGACUGCGGCCCCAUUGCGAAGCAUCCUGAAGAAGGAAGGCCCCCGUCCGCGUUGGAUGACGGAGGAGUCCUCCUUCGAAGGCAAGGACGUGCCCGAGAAUACCGAGGUGGUCGAGGCAGCCGAGGACGUUAAGGAGCCGCCCCGUCACGCUCGUCUCUUCACGGACGAGGAGCUGGAUGCCAUGGAGUGCGAGGCGUCGGAACCCUCCGUUCCGGGCGUCAGUGAGGAGCUCGAGGAGUAUGACAAGGAGCUGGAGGACAGGCUCCACCCCCUCGAUGAGGUGGAGUUGAUGCGCAAGGUGAAGGAGAAUGCGGAAAGGGCCAAGGGCCCGUCCAUGGAGGAGAUGUCGAAGUUUCUGGGCGUCUCGGCUGAAGCGCUGACCAAGAUGAAGGACACCUCGCCCGAGGGCACGUCCUCGCCUGAGUACUGGGAGGAAUGUUACAGGAACACACUGGAGAACUCGGCGGAGGCCAAGCGAGCCAACCGUGACUUCAAACAGUCACUGAUCAGCUGCGUCUCUCUGGAACGCUCGACCGAGGAGACAACGUACGAGUCGUUCGGCCUGUCGGAGUCCGACCUGGACCCGAAGGCCUCGACCGCCUCGAUCGAUGGCUCCGUGACGGAGGAGAGCGUGACUGCGAACAUUGCGGUCCCCGUGGAUGACUGUGAGGAGAACAGCGAGGAGAUGGUCGCAGCGGUAAGCGUAGACCCGCCCGUGGACGCUCCUGAACCGAGUUCGAGCGCUUGUCCGAGCGAGAGGUCGGAGGCUCGCAAGGCCGUGUACUUCUUGCUGAAGGAGACCAAGGACGAGAUGUUGCGUGCGAAGAAGUCGGUCGUCGACCCGCCCGGAGAAGGCGGCACAGUCGAGAUGCCCCCGGUUCGAAAUAAGCCGCCUGAUCUAGACUGGGUGCGCCUCGUGCACGAUGGUGAGCAAGUUGCUGGUGGAAAUGAAGGCCAAAUCGAUUGGCGAGAACCUGUGAAGAAGUUGGCGAACGAGUACUACAGUGAGAACGCUACGUAUAUUUGGAAUACGCUACUGGAUCGAGUUCGAGAAGCCCACUCGGCGAGUGCGAAGCGUCGGCUGCGGCGUCGCUCGCGGCGGCCCGUAUGCUUUGACUUCACGGCGUUGUACCGCGGCUCGUCCGAGGCGCUGGACGGGGAGCUCCGUCCUGAGGAGGACGGCGACGCGACGCACUACGUGCAAGUGGUCCGUCCCGAUUGUCCACCGCCGGAGCGUGGACGGAAGACCGGACUGGUGGAGGUGGUAACCGUGAACUUGCCGGACGGCUUCGGCGUCCGUGCUGACGAGGACGAUGAUGAGUCUGGAGCCGAGCUCCCCCGUAUAGUCGCCGGUGGUCGGCGUGUAGUGUGCACCGUGGGGAACUUCGAGGCGCUGUCGUGCGGGUACAUCGACUGCCUGCCUUCGCAGAUGUUGGCGGACACGGGCGCAACGCUCAGUCUCGUCGACUUCCGUGUUCUGAACGAGCUGGUGAAGCUCUGGAGGCCUACGACGGGCAUUCGGGGGUGGAUCACUCUCUCCCUAAUGCUGGGCAAGGUCGGGGUGACCAUGCGGAUGUUCGUGGCCGACAAGUUGCAUGUGGACGCUAUCUUGGGCGUCGACGCGCUGGGUGCGUUCGGAGCAGUGAUUGACGUGGCUGAGCGGACGCUCAUGUUGAAGAGCACGGGCGAGGUCUUAUCGUUGGGCGUGAUGGUGGUCCACGAAUCGUUCAUGGCCACGAUGGCCGUGUCCGUCCGCUUGCCGCCAAGGGGCCAGGCCCUGGUGGUCACGGAUGUGGUGGGCGAUGCCCCGAACGCGACCGUCCUCGUGGAGGGCUCUCUCAACUUGCCGCCUUCGCUUUGCGUGGCGAGAACGCUCUGUACUGUGGACGACGGUCGAGUCGUCGUGGAGGUCUGCAACGCAUCGACAGAAGAGUUCUGGAUCAAGAAGGGCACGGUGGUGGCCUCGACGUCCGUGGUGAAGUCCGAAGGGGCGCCCAGCCGUCCGCCCGAGGCUAGUGGGGCAGCCACCGUUGCUGCCAGUCGUGAAGAGGAGGCAAAGGGGCCGGAUCUCGGCGAGACUGUGAGGGCGUCGAGGCCCGAUGUGCCGCCCGACAAGGAGGUGGCGCUCGAGGCCGACUUCUCCCAGUCGAGGCUGUCGGAAGAGCAGAAGUCGCCGUUCCGCAGCGAGCUGGAGCGCUUCCGUGA